AUGGCCCACAGCCAGUCUCGGAAGCGAUCACGGAGCAGGAGCAAAAGCAGUUCUCGGAGCAGACAGGAGAGGAAGGAGAAGAAAAGGAGGAAGAGCAGCAAGGACUCGCAGCAGGGCAGCCCAGGACCUUGUAAGAAGGAAAGAAAGGACAAAAAGAAGAGGAAGGCAAGUACCUCUUCCUCUGAGACAGCGUCUUCAUCCACCAGCUCCUCCUCAUCUUCCUCUUCUUCCAGCUCCUCUUCUGAUGACUCCAGUGACAGUGACUCCAAAACAAAGAAGAGUCGACACAGCAAAAAAAAGCGAGCAAAAGAGAAAGACAAGAAGAAGAAGAAGAAGAGAAUAAAGAAGAAAUCAAAAAAGAAGUCAAAGGAAAAGGCUAAGGAGGAGAAAGCCAAGGGAGAAUCAGUGCCCGGCCCCUCGCUGGAGCAGUGGCAGAAGGAAUCGCUGGUGGACUCUGGACCAGUUUUGACAGAUGAACAAAAGUCCCGAAUCCAGGCUAUGAAGCCAAUGACAAAGGAAGAAUGGGAUGCGAGGCAGAGCGUCAUAAGGAGAGUGGUGGAUCCUGAGACAGGGAGAACCAGGCUUAUUAAAGGAGAUGGGGAAGUACUGGAAGAAAUCGUCAGCAAGGAGAGACACAAGGAGAUUAACAAGCAAGCCACCCGUGGGGAUGGGCUGGCCUUCCAGGCGAGGACGGGGCUGAUGCAGUGAGC